AUGUCAGCUACCGUUGAAUCUCUACCCAAAAUCGGACUAUUGUCCAUUGGCGAUAUGGGAGUCGGUAUUGCAAAACUACUAGUUGCCAAUGGUUUCACUGUUGCAACCAAUAUCUCUGGCAGAAGCAAAGAUACCAUCGAACGAGCUCGGGAUGCACAAGUUGAGCUCCUCGAGUCCGAUGUUGAUCUGGUCAAACAGAGUUCCGUUAUACUCUCCAUUGUGCCUCCUAAAGACGCAGAGGCAACAGCCACUCGUAUUACAAAUGCGUUAGCGGGCUUAGACGCUACGAGAGAGCUUUUCUUUGUCGAUCUCAAUGCUGUUGCACCUUCGACGGUCAAGGCCAUUGCGGCGUCUGUCGAGAGAUCGAAGCUGCCUGUACGAUUCGUUGACGGAAGCAUUAUUGGGCAUCCCCCUAAGAAGACGUCUACCGAUCCCGCAGCAGAAUCAUCAAGCAGUGGCGAUUACUCUGACUGGUACCGUCCUAGAAUUCCUAUAUCAGGCUCGGAUGAUUUUGGCUCGCUCCCUUUUGGGAAGAAACUAAUGUCUGUUCUCAACGUGAAGCAAAUCUCUCCUGAUAUCGGCGCUGCAAGUGGCCUCAAGAUGUGCUUUGCUUCCCUUUCAAAGGGUUUCACUGCCAUUGCCACUCAAUCGUUCACGACGGCACAUAAUCUUGGCGUCUUAGACGCUCUCAAAGAUGAGAUUGGUACGUUUUAUCCAGCCACGCUUGCCAACGCUGAAAAGAGCGUCCCCGGCAUGCCACCUAAGGCGUAUCGCUGGGUGCGAGAGAUGGAGGAGAUUGCCCUCACUUUCAAUGAGGAAGCGGGCUGGGAUAAAGAGAUGUUCAUGGGUGCCGCGAGUGUCUAUAAGGAUAUUGCGGAGAAUGAAGUACUUGGAAAUGAGAAGAUAGGCAAGAGGAAGAGGGGAACAACGCUGGAUGAUGUCGCUGCAGCGGCAGCGGAGGGAUUGCACAAGAAGAAAAGGCCACAGUAA